AUGUUACUCUACAGAUUCGAUCUGGAUGCAAAAACUCUGAACUGCGUUUCAAGACACGAUCCCGUCAAAGAGUUUGGCCUGCAGGCCCUUUCCUCCCACCCACUCACGGACCCAGAGACUGGCGAGACCUACAACGUCGGGCUGGAUAUAGUCCCCUCAGCAAAAUGGAAAGUUGUCAAGUUUCCCGCUCAAUGCGGAAAACUCGCGUUAAAGGAGACCAUAAAGAAAGGGAAAAUUAUAGCGGUGCACCCAUGCCGUGCGAAAUUGUAUGCGCCAUGGCUCCACUCGUUCGGAAUGUCGAAGAACUACGUGGUCUGGAUUGAUCAACCGUGUCAUUUCAGCGUCACCAAAGCCCUCAAGGCUGCCCUUAAAGGGUUCUGUCCGAGAGAAGUGAUGGAGUGGAGUCCGGAAAAGAAGAACCAGUUUUAUUUACUAAACAAGAAAACUCUGAAAGUCCUCAAGACCGAAAUCAUCUCCAAGGAUGCCAUUUUCUUCAAUCAUUUCCUCACCUGCCACGAAGAAAAUGGCCACGUGAUCCUGGACCUCUUUGGAAUGCCAGGAAUUCAAUAUUGCGACGUACAAGUCCUCGCCAAACUACGAUCUGGAAAAGUUAUGCAAGAUAAAGACUGUCCUCGCCUUUACCGCUUUGUAAUCCCUCUUAUCGGCGAGCACGACUUGGCAAAAUACCCGCAAAAUAAAAAUCUCGUCAGAAUUAAUUCCACCGCAAAAGCGGUUCGAAUUGGGGAUAAGCUAAUUCUCGAACCGGAACUAAUGUCCGAAAUCGCCAUGGAUUUUGCGACCUGGAACAAGAAAUUAUUUUCCGGCGAACAAAUCCGCUUUAUUUGGACGACUGGAGCCCUAUGUCCGUCCGUGCAUCACCACAAAGUUGCAAAGUUUGACGUGAAGACGAGGAAAUUUCUGACCUGGGAAGCUGAGCAGGAUCAACAUGUCGGCGAACCCUGUCUUAUUCCCCGAUCAGGUGCGAUCGAGCAGGAUGACGGGCUAAUUGUUCUGUUUGUGAAUAAUUAUCUGGAGGAAUUGGGCAAUGAAAAAAGAAAGGAUUUUCUGAUCUGGUUGAACGCCAAGGAUUUAAAGGAAGUGGGGCGAGCUUAUUUUUAUUCUGAAAUUCCGAUCGCACUUCACUCGAUUUGGAUGUCAAAUUGA